AUGGACAUCAGGAGUCAGAUUCUGUUCAAAUGGAUUUCUUUAUUUCUUACAGCGGUGCUUCAGUUUACAGCAGCUAGAAAACUUCCCCUCUCCUUCACUGUCAGAGUUGGAGAUGAAGUCACUUUGCCUUGUGAAAAUGUGAUAGACGUUCAGCAAAGAUGUGACAGUACUAUAUGGCUCUUUGCUGGUUCAGGAAACACAGCAGCAGUAGAGCUGGUUAGACUUGGACAGAUUGGUGAAAACACCAAAGCUAAAUCAGACAGACUGAGUGUUACAGAGAACUGUUCUCUGGUUAUAAAGAAGGUCACAGUCGAGGAUGUUGGUCGUUACUCCUGCAGACAGUUCACACAUAAAGAAGGAAAACAACAAGCUCCAGACUCUCAGGUUUAUCUGUCUGUUAUUAUCAUGACUGAACAUAAGGACACUGAUAAGGUGACGUUAACCUGCUUUGUGUUGAUAUAUGAACAGUUCUGUCGACACACAGUGAAGUGGCUGUAUGAGGGUAAAGAUGUGGACAAAGAUAACAAAGACAUGAAGACAUCACAGUCUGGCUGCUACGCCACUGUGUCUUUCCUGGAUUCUCAUUUUAGUAACAAAUCAAAGUCUAACUUGACGUGUAAAGUGACAGAUGGUUACUCUGGAAAAGUGCAGCUGUUCACCUUCAGCCCUCAGUCCUCGUGUGAAAAAACAGGUGAGAAUAUGCUGAGAUGUUCAAGAUGACAUUGUUCUUCCUCAUUUAGUGACAGCAGAUGGUAAACUAACUAUUUUCUAACUGAACAGUUUCUUGGGUUGAGUUACUUCAAUCGUGCAGGUGACGCACAAACAACUAAAUAAACAAGAACAAUUGAAAACAGUCAGUGAUACAAAACUACAAUUUAGUAAUAUCGAAUUAAUCUUUCUUUAGAAUAUCUUGCAAGUCUUGUUUUCUCCUUAUAUUUAACUUAUUAUUUAUUUAUUUUAAUUUUUUUCUUGUCUUCAGCUCGUACAGAUUGUUCUUCUCUUGACUUCAUAAUGUUGGUUAUGCGUGUGGCUGAACUCCUCCUAAUUACUGUGAUUACUGUUCUUCUCAUUAGAGGUCGAGGUGAGAAACGUCAGAUCAACAUUUGUUUACACAGAUUAACAAAAACUACAAGUUUAGAGCUGAAAUGUUAUUCUGUGAUCUAUUUUCCAGGGAACCAGAGACCAAAAUAUGAAAAUAUGAACUGAACUGAUGUGUAAAAUCAGUAGUGAUGAAAAGUUAAUGUGUGUCAGA